GCCGACGGGCGGCAGUGUGUAACGACAACAACUUCAAGGAGGUCAACACCUUUUACUUCCGGUUGGGCGGGCAGCGUGAGUCCCAACGCUUUUGUGACGACAAGCUAACUAGGAAACUCCUAACUAACACGUUUACACUUCUAACAAGUCCAAAAUGAGUUUACCGCUGAACCCCAAGCCCUUCCUGAACGGACUGACGGGCAAGCCGGUGAUGGUGAAGCUGAAGUGGGGCAUGGAGUACAAAGGCUACCUGGUCUCCGUGGACGGCUACAUGAACAUGCAGCUGGCGAACACGGAAGAGUACGUGGACGGAGCGUUGGCGGGUCAUCUCGGGGAAGUCCUCAUCAGGUGCAACAAUGUUCUGUACAUCCGAGGUGUCGAAGAGGAGGAGGAGGACGGAGAAAUGAGAGAAUGAUUCCAAUGACGGCGACGAGUGUGUGUGCGCGCGCGUUUUCACCGUGUGAAACCAAAUGAACGCUUGAUUUCUUUGUUGUUGUUUUUUUUUGUACUGUUGGAGACCAACAAUUUUUGUUCUUGUGAGACAAUAAAAACAUUGUACACUUUGUUAUUAAA